AUGGGAGUGGCGGCCCUCCACUCCGUCUACCUCUGCCUCGAGACGGGAGUCGGCCUGAUGGACCUGAACAUGGGCAUCCUGGGUGCCAGCAGGGAACGCCAGGUCGUGCGCGGCUUCACACGGAUCAUGGGCGGCGGCUGGAGCACGAGCCCCGCAGGUCGCGCCGGGCGGAGCCUCGAGGUCGGCCGAGCGCGGCCGGGCAGCGCGGACGAGCGCGAGGAGGAGCAGCCGGGAGUGCUCCAGGAGUGCCCCGGCCAGAGCAUCAGGAGCAUGCUGAUGGAGGAGUUGAGCAGCUUGGAGCUCGGAGACAAGUACGAUUUCGUCUACCUCCCCAUCGACAAGGGCACCCAGUGGAACGUGGGCUACGCGUUUGUGAACUUCGUAGAUCCGGAGUCAGCAUCGCGGUGCUUGCCCGACGCGCCCCCCCUGCAGGUGUCGUCGGCGCAGCUGCGGCUGCCGCAUUGUAUGCUAUGUUGCAUUGUUUGUUUUGUGCUCUACAAUGCGCAUGCUUUAGCUAGCACCCCGACGCAAGGCGCACUACGCCACGGCGCAUCGUCAGGCACGGACCGUGUUGUCAUGGCCUUGUCGCGGCAGUUUCCCGGUGGCCUUUCUCCCAGGACCGUUUGUUUCGGAGUGUCGACGCGGUAG